UCUGUGGUGUAAACUGACAAUUAACAUUAACCUCACAAUAAUAUUGAUAUAAAUAAUAAUAUUUCUAAUUAUUUAUUGUUCAAUCUUGAAUAGUUCUAUACGAAUUAUUUCUGUUGAAUAUUUAUACUUUGAAUUCUAUUGAAAUGGCUCUUGUUGCUUAUGACUAUGGAAGUGAUAGUGAAGUAGAUGAAGAUACAGAUCAUCAACCUCAACCAGUUACUGAAAAUGCUGGUAUCAAAAAUAGCAUACUCAAUGGAAAGAGCAGUUGUGAGGAAGGAAGUAUUGAAAAACCCUGUGAAAAUACAACCGAAAUAGGUGAACCAGUAUUACCAGGUGAAAUAUCUGAUGAUGAAGAUGCAGUCUCGCUGCCAAGUCAUUCUGUCUCCAAUAUGUUUGAAAAAUUGCCUCAAAAAAAAGAAGUACCGAAUGAGAACAUAAAACCAGAUUUUGAGGAUAUAGUGGAAGAUUUUAUACCCAAAGCUGCACCACAAACUAAGGAGAAGGCUAAAGUACGAAUUCUUGUACCUUCUCUUUCUGAAUUUGAUGACAUAGACGAGAAAGAACCAGCAGCCAAAAAAUUCAAGCAAUCUGUCAAAGGAACCGGACUUCUUUCGUUACUGCCACCAGUAAAAUGUCUUCCUUUGACUAACAAAAGUUUUGUUCCUAAUGUUUUGACACAGAAGAAUAAAGCAAAUGAACAAGUCAAGAAAGUCAGUAAACCCCUAGUACCAAACAGUGUUAGAAAGAAAAAAGAAGCAUCUAUCUCAUCAAAGAAGGAAGAAUCAGAUGCCAAAUCUAAGCAGAAUGAAAGUGAUGACAGUGAUGUGGAGAUGCCAGAAACUUACGAUGAUGAAUUAUGGCAAAAAGUAUGCGGCAAAAAAGUUGUUAAAAAUAUAAUUGUUGAAGAAGAACCUGUAAGCAAAGAACCUAUAAUCGAUUUGGCUCCAGAGCCAGUUGCCCCAUACCAAGGUUUAGAUAAUGCAGCUUUUAAAGAACUUGUAGGAAAGAGUAGUAGAAUGCCACGCAAUAUAAAACUGAUAGAUAUAAAUGAAGAUCAAUUGGUAGCUGAAAAAGAUUUGUGGAUGACAAAGUCACUUACUGAUCCAGAAUACAUACCAAAACCAUCUGAAGAUGACGAUUCAAUAGAUCCUACAAAAAGAAAGAAGCAUCAUAUCACUUAUCUGGCUCAAAAAGCAAAAGCUAAUGAACAAGAAUUACAACAGCAAUGGGCUGCAAGUAAACACAACAGAAUGCAAUCCAGAGCAAAGUAUGGUUUUUGAUCUUAAUACUGUUACGGUUGGGAGAAUUUCCAAAGUGAGAUUCAUUUCUUUGUUGGUAUAUUCAGAUAAGAUAAACAAAUUAGUGAGGUUAAUUGUACACUGAAAAUAUGUUGUCUUAUAAACAACAUGAGUUUAUACUGUAAAUAGCAUAAAAUGUAUAAUUUUUUUCAAUAAAGUUUUAUUAUUUA